ACAACAAAGAAAGGAUGAGGUCUUCUACUGUGUGUCUUUUACUGAGCCUGGCAGUGGCAGUUUACUGUGUGCCAGUAGCAGAAAUUACUGUGCAGGAUGAAAGCUUGGCAGAGAGCUAUCUGAAGACAUUCUUCAACCUAACAGAGGAACAAGGUCCAGUAUCCAGGCGGGGGAUCAGUCCGGUGACCAAGAAGCUGUCUGAAAUGCAGAGAUUCUUUGGUCUCCAGAUCACCGGGACGCUGGACACAGACACCAUCUCCAUGAUGAAGAAGCCCCGCUGUGGCGUUCCAGAUGGCAACAUCGCCCGUUUCUCCACGUUUGGAAGCAACCUCAAGUGGGAGAAAAACAGCCUUACCUACAGGAUUGAGAACUACACACCUGACAUGUCCAGGUCAGAGGUGGACAACUCCAUGGAGAAAGCGCUGCAGGUUUGGGCCAAAGUCACUCCCCUGAGAUUUACGAGAAUCUACAGUGGCACCGCGGACAUCAUGAUCUCUUUCGGCCGCCGAUCUCAUGGAGAUUAUUACCCCUUUGAUGGCCGUGAUGGCAUUCUCGCUCACGCCUUCGCCCCGUCUCCUGGCAUCGGAGGGGAUGCUCAUUUUGAUGAUGAUGAGACCUUCACCUUCCGUUCCAACGCAGGCUAUGUCCUCUUCAUGGUAGCUGCCCAUGAAUUCGGCCACUCCCUGGGCUUGUCUCACUCUGAUGAUCCUGGUGCCCUCAUGUACCCUACAUACACAUACAGAAACCCUGACACCUUCGUUCUGCCCCGUGAUGAUGUCAAAGGCAUCCAGUCUCUCUAUGGUCCAAAUCCUAAAAAGGAUCCUUCUGAACCUACUGCCCCAACCACCCCUGACGCCUGUGAUUCUACUAUGGUAUUGGAUGCUGUCACCACCCUGAGAGGAGAGAUGUUCUUCUUCAAAGACAGCUUCUUCUGGCGUAGCUACCCUCAGAGCAGGACACCUCAGCAAAGCCUCAUCACAAACUUCUGGUCCAGUGCCCCCAACAACAUCGACGCUGCUUAUGAGAGCCGGCAGUCAGACAGAAUCUUUUUCUUUAAAGGUCGCAAAGUGUGGGCCUUUAGUGGCUAUAAUCCAGUGCGGGGCUAUCCCAAAAGACUUACCAGUAUUGGUCUGCCAAGAUGGGUGAAGAAAAUCGAUGCAGCCCUCUAUGACGUACAAUCUGGCAAAACUCUGUUCUUUUCAGGCGAAUAUUACUACAGUUAUGAUGAGGUCAGGAAGACUAUGGACCGAGGAUUCCCCAAACGUGUUGAUCAGACCUUCUCUGGACUGAAAAAGGUGACUGCAGCUUUCCAGUACAGAGGUUUUACAUACAUCUACAGUGGACCCUACAUGUUUGAGUAUGACCUGAGGACCGGGAGGUUGUACCGUGUAUUGAGGAACAGCUACUUCUUGCGCUGCACUAACUUCUAGCACAGUUUACCAUCUGAGUUGUUUAUAGCCAUUCGUGUGAAUGAGAGUGAAUGUACAACUACCAGUGUUAACCUAUUUCCUUUUCGAUUCUUACGAUAUCACUGCCAGAAGCUGAACAGGAAGUAUUUGUAAGAACUGUGGAAUGAAAUGGCUUCUAUAUCAGUGAUUGUAAAUGUAAAUAUGACGCUUUGGAGACUGGUACUUCAUUCAGUUAUAGAACAAUCCACAAAUUAAAUAAAUCCAACUUUCAUGCACUUCAAAAAAUGAUUAACAACAGGACAUUUUAAAAUAUAAUAGUUUAUCAAUACAUAGUUAAUACAACAAUGAAUUUGACACUUAUUUAAGAAAACAAUAAGAUGCUAAAUUCACAUAUUAGCUACAUUACAAAAUAAGAAUUCCUAUAAAAUGUAUUUUUUAUUUAAUUUGGGUUUGGAUUUUCGUUUUAUGUGCAUGUUAAAAUUGUAAAAGGUGACAUAAAUAAACAGUGUAGCAUCACUAAUUUACAAAUACAAAAUACAUUGAAUUGUUUUCAUUUUGUGAAUGUACAUUUAUUGGGAGAUGUAAAAAACUUAUAGAGAGAACUUGUUAUGUACUGUACUCUUCAUAAAGCGCGUAAGACUAAAAACACAAACUUGUAUUCUGCAAAUAAAAGUACAAACAAAGAACAAA